AACUUCGAGUGACGAGCACAUGAUCCACUCCCUCAUCAAGCACUUCACCAGGUACAGUAAGGCUCAAGCGGAUUACACCUUGACCUGUCCAUCUUGCUGGAUCUACGAUGCAAAAGGUUUUGGGGAAAUGAUGGUGAAGAACAAAGUAAAAACACCUGCCAAAGCAAAGGGCAAGAGACUAACAGUGGCUGUUCAGAGCAGCCCAAAGGUCACCCCAAAUGCUACAGACCCCACCCAUACUACACUCUCACACGCAAAGAAGUCUCAUGUAAAAGCACCUUCAAAUUCCACAGCACUCACAUCACACACUACAUACUCUCUGACACCCUCACAAACCGCAUCCUCUCUUACCAUGCCCUCAGGUGUGACACAGGAUGUAAGCCCAAGUGCCACAAACAUGGGCUCUACCUCCUCAUACACCCUAGAACUCACUCUGCCUACCGUCUCCAGCUCCACCAACUCCCACCAUACAAACUCCACCAUGCCUGCUGCUGAGGCACAGUCAACUCCUGACCCUGAACAGCAGUCUUCUCCGUCAGGGUGGGAGCAGUGCAGCCCAGAUGCUCUAAGCCAAUGGGGUGCUGUCGCAGAUCGCGUUUACGUCCAUGCGGCAGCCAUAUUUGACCACGCACGCGACGAGAAGCCAGGUGGCUUAGGAGUCGUACGGUAUGGACAGAAGAGUGAGAGUCCACCCUGCUCACCCCCAGCCAGCUCAGCCCAGGAGCAGCACCAGGCCUACAAGCUGGCAUUCAACAGUCUCAAGUAUCAAGAGCUUCUGGAGAAUGUCAUAAUUGACAGCUGCUUGUGUCGUUCUCAGACUCUGCCAGAUGAUCUAAUGGGUUUGGUCAUGGUCAUGUUGUUUGACCUCAUGGACAGGAAGUUCCUGCCCAGAGAACCUAUCAGAGCAGACAAGGAGGACCCCAUGGGGGAGGUCAAGCAGGUAGAAGCUUGUCUUCUCAGAUUUAAGACGAAGCUGGCGGCCUCCCUUGCCCGUCUCAGGAUUAAAGGAAACCUGCUGACCAUAGCUGAUACCCUGCCUGACAGAGUGAAAAUUAAAGACGAAAGAGCACACACACUACCAGUCCACGCAUGGGUUAACACAUUUAAGAGCAGCAUUGAGGAAGUGUGUGAGCAGCUACAAGCUGUGGGUUUCUCCGAGGUGGAGUCGCCUACCUAUGGUCCUGGUUUGUUGUUCUGGAGGGAUGUACACUGUUCCGAUGUGCUGGUGUUUCCCUCACACACCAAAGCCCAGCUGGUGAACUCUCUGCUUAGUAGAGAGUGUAUUCUCAACAUACAGGGUAAGUCUCGGAGUCUGGCAGCAUGGGCCGUGUGUCCCUUGUUGGAGGGGGAUAGUGAGGUGCUAAUGGUGGGGUCCUUCUCGGCACUCACCGUGGCUCAUAUAGCCGUCCUGGCCAAUGCCCGUUCAGCCAGAGUUCUUGUGUGUGGGGUGCCCCCCAACAGCAGUCAGAGGAAGGAGCUGCAGAGGCUCAUGUCCAUUAUGGGAUGUAAAAAUGUGAGGCUGCUGAGUGAGAGCUUUGUGGAGUUGGAUGAGUGGGAUGUGCGGAUGCAGAAGGUGAGAGUGGUGCUGCUGCUGCCUCAGUGUUCCACCUCAGCACUCAGCAACCCCGUGGAGCACAUCAUUACUGAGAACGGAGAUAGAAGUCUGCUGCAAUGUCUGUCUCGAGGAGCAGUGACUCAGACCAAGUUGGACACACUGACCAGCAAACAGACACGAGACCUCAGCCAUGCACUCAGUUUUCCCAAGGUGCAUGCAGUGGUGUACUGCACAUGCUCAGAGAGGGCCGAGGAGAAUGAAGUUCUUGUGCAGAGAGUGCUGGAGAAAACAGAAACCCGCCCAAAACUCAUAGAAUUCAGGCUAAUCCCUCCAGGUUUGGGCUGUGGGUCAGAACAGACGUCUCUCAGACUGGAGCCAUCUGAGUUCAGUAACGGCUGCUUUCUAUGUGUACUCGCUAGAGAGCCUGACCCCUCUAAGGUAGAGUCAGCACAGGAUGUUUUGGCCCGAGCUGUGGCUAAAGGGCUGCUGGAAGGUUUCGUGGCACCCCUGCCCACCCGCAAGGACAAGCGGCGGCACCACGUGAAGGCCCCCCCCAUGUCUCUUCCCCCUGUGCUCCUGGAACCCGUGGAGCUGGCUGAGCCCACCUCUCCUCCCUCCCCCUGCCCAGCGUCUGCCACCCUCAGUGGGGAUACCACUGGCAGAGUGGUUGUGUUGUCCUCGGACGUCCUGCAGACCACUAUACCACGGAGAAAGCACCAGCACUCCAAAGCACCACAUCACCAGCACAGCCACAAAAAGCACACCAGUAAACGCAGCAAAGGCCCAGCCCAGCACAGAGCACUUAGAGGGCCCAGAGCACUAUCAUCUAAGCAAGGGGUACUGAAGCCAGGACAGGAAGUACUCUUGUCUGGAAAGGAGCUGGUUACUUCUAAACAGGAAGUGAUGAAACCAGGCCAGGAAGUAUGUCUGAAGGACAAAGUCACAUCCAGUCAUGAAUUACAGGAACAAAUCAGGAACCCAAAACAGGAUGUGCGUUCCUCAAAGAACCGGCUUACUUCAGUGCCUGAUGUGCUGAACUUCAGACAGACCAUCUCACCAGGAAACAAACUGGUUACCUCCACACACCAUACCAAAAAGUCCAGAGGAGGAGUGAUCUCAGCAGGAAGGAGAGGGUCUGUGUCCAGACAAGAGGAGCAAAGGGCAGAUCAAGAGAAGGAACUGAUUGUUUCUAGACAUGGUGUGGUGAAGGCCACGUGUGAAAUAGGCAAAAAAGAGGGGAGGUCCACACCGAGCAGUCGUGGGCAGGAGGCUGUGCGGCCGGUGGAGCUGGUCCUGCCCCCUCUCUGCCUGAGUCAGACUCGCUUCCCUCCCUCCCUUUCUCGCCUCAUGUCCUCCUCCUCUCAGUUCUCCAACUCCUCCAUCUCCAGCAGAACCAGCUCAGUCCACUGGAACACAUAGUCUCCCCAGGCCCGCUGAGCUCAUAUCGCAUUGAUUCAUUUUUCAACACUCCGUCACAGCUGGCUUUGGUUUGACACCCAGCAUCUGGGCACAUCUGUGCAGACCACACAAUCCAUUCAGCUGUUCUGGUGUUCCAUAUAGCAACAUGCCUGUGACUGAUAUGGAAUGCAACGUUUUAAGGACAUGAAAUGAUUUAAGGACAUUUAAGGACAUUGGGCCUCAUUCACCAACCAUUCUUACGAAGAAAUUUGUUUUUAAAACCCACUUACAGAGUUUUUACGAAGAUUAUGGUAUUCUUGUUUGUCUUGAGUGUUAAUGUUUUCUUGUUCUUAGGUAAGAACAGAAUCUACGAAUACUCAAGAGCAUUCUUACACACAUUUGAGAACUGACUUGACAAAAUAAAUGGUUAUUGCAUUUUCAUCAUAUCUGCAGGUGUAAAAUAUAAUAGAAUUUAAAUGACAACUAUAUAUUUUAUCAUUUAUGAAAAUUUUUACACUUUUUUUCACUCAUUUACUGUUCAAUUUCCUGCAGCAGUGGUUUCAUUUCAAAGCAUGUGUCACAGUAAUCAAAUUGUCUUGCUCAUGUAGUGUAUAAUAUACGGUAGAAAUGAAAGUUAGUACUUCAGCCUCAAUUUGUGUGUGGCAUUGACCUAUGCCUAAUGGGGUUUAUCUAUGCCUUGUGGGGUUUACCUAUGCUAAUUAAGAACAAUUGGCACACCCUGUCAAAUCAAGAAGAAAUGGGAUUCAGCAUGAUAAGAAAGAAACUGCGAACGCUUCUGAGGUUUAGGACCUUCUUAAGAACACAGUUAAGAAAAGUCUUAGGAAGAUAUUGGUGAAUGAGGCCCAUUGUCUUCACCGCAUACACCUAUAGCAUUGAUGAUUUUAAGUUUCUUUAGUAUUUCAUAGCACAAUUAAGUCCACAAUGUGCCAUGUUAGUUUUGAAUAUGCUCUUUAUUUGCACAGGUUACAUUUAUAUGGUGUACAAAUCAGUGACCAGCUGAACAAGCCCAUGUUGGUUUGUGUACAUGUGUGUGGGACAACUG